UCUGUGUCUCGUGCAUCCGUCACCAUGUCGGACUCCGAGGACAUCACGGAGUUCGCCAGCAUCGUGGAGCGCAUCGAGCGGGGCGAGGUCCCCAUCAAGAACAUCGAGCGGGAGCUGAUCUGUCCCAUCUGCAAGGAGCUCUUCACCCACCCGCUGAUCCUGCCCUGCCAGCACAGUGUCUGCCACAAGUGCGUCCGCGAGCUGCUGAUGCUCAACCAUGAGGACUCUUUCGACGCCGGGUCCGAGUGCUCCCUGCCCGGCAGCCCCAGGUCCAGGGUGCCCUCCCCCUCCAUGGAGAGGCUGGACAGGCUUGUGAGAUCAGGUCCUCGGAAACGGAGCGGAAAUAGCGGCUCGCAUACCGAGAUAAAUCCAGCACUCCUCGCUUCCCCUGUCCCCCACAAACGUUCAAUCUCGUCACAGGGGUGGCGCAGGGGCUCGGUGACCCCUCGGGUCACCACCAUCCCGUGCCCAGGAUGCCAGCACGACAUCGACCUGGGCGAGCGCGGCAUCAGCAUGCUGUUCCGCAACUUCACCCUGGAGAGCAUCGUGGAGCGCUACCGCCAGGCCGCCCGCGCAGCCAUCGCCAUCAUGUGCAACAUCUGUAAGCCUCCACAGCAGCAGGAGGCCACGAAGAGCUGCAUGGACUGCAAGGCCAGCUACUGCAACGAGUGCUUCAAGCUGCACCAUCCCUGGGGCACGCCCAAGGCUCAGCACGAGUACGUGGGUCCGACCACGAAUUUCAGGCCCAAGGUACUCAUGUGUCCCGAGCACGAGAUGGAGAAGGUGAACAUGUACUGUGAAGUCUGCCGACGGCCUGUUUGUCACUUGUGCAAGCUGGGAGGAUCCCACGCCAACCAUAAGGUCACAUCCAUGAGCAGUGCCUACAAAAUCCUCAAGGAAAAGCUGGCCAAGAGUAUCCAUUACCUCAUCAGUAAAGAGGACCAGGUCAGGACUCAGAUUACUGAGCUGGAGCAGCUCAUCAGCCAGACUGAGGAAAAUGGCCAGCUGGCAGAGCGUCGAGCCAACGAUCACUUUGAGCGCCUAUUUGAGACUCUGCAGGAGAGAAAGUCAGAGAUGCUCAGAUCCAUUGAACAGUCCCGUAACCGCCGACUGGACCAACUCAGAGGCCAGGUGGAGGAGUAUCAAGGCAUGUUGGAGAACAGCGGGCUGGUGGGAUACGCUCAGGAGGUCCUGAAAGAGACGGAUCAGUCUUGUUUCGUACAGACGGCAAAGCAGUUGCAUACCAGGAUCCAGAAAGCCACAGAGUCUCUGAGGACCUUCCACCCUGCAGCUGACCCCUGUUUUGAUGAGUUUGUUUUGGACACGUCCCGAGAGGAAACCCUGCUCAAAGAGAUGUGCUUUGGAGGAGUUCCAGACCCUCCUUUAAUUGACCUGUCAAGCAGCAAAGUCUAUAAUGAAGCCAUGAUCUGCUGGAGACUGUCUGAUGACCACUUACCUACAGAUCAUCACAUCCUUGAGUACCGCAGACUCAGAGGCUCAAGCCAGUCUCCAUCCCAAGAGGACGGUGAGGACAGUGGAGCGUGGAGGACGACAGACAGGGUGUACGGUCCCAGCACGGUGGUGUGUGACCUGGAGGCCGACAGCCUGUAUUCAUUCAGAGUCCGAAGCUGCAGGAACUCCAUGUUCAGCCCCUACAGCCCAGAGGUCACCUUCCACACUCCACCUGCUCCCGCUUUCGGUUUUCUGUUCAACGACAAGUGUGGCUUCAGCACGGAGCGACUGAUUCUGAGCAAGCGGCGGGACGCCGUGGAAAGCGUGGCGGGCAUGGCCUUCCUCCUCGCAGCAGAUCGUGUGCAGACGGGCAGCUACAUCGGCCUCGAUUACAUAAUUGGCGACACUGGGAUCUCUCAGGGAAGACACUAUUGGGCCUUUAAGGUGGAGCCGUACUCCUACAUGGUUAAAGUUGGCGUGGCCUCAGACACAAAGCUGCUUGAAUGGUUUCAUAAUCCAAGAGACACAAGCAGCCCAAGGUAUGACCAUGACAGCGGACACGACAGCGGCAGCGAAGACACGUGCUACGAGCUCUCGCAGCCCUUCACCCUCCUCACUCUGGGCAUGGGCAAGCUCUUCAUCCCAAAGUCCUCCUCAUCCUCCUCUGUUUCCUCGGCCAACGCGUCGUUCGGCGACCCCGGCAGCCGCGUGCUCCCCAUGCCGCAGCGCCUGGGCGUAUGCCUCAACUACGACGCGGGCCGGGUGUACUUCUUCGACGCCGACACCAUGAGGUGCCUUUACGAGAGGCAGGUGGACUGUUCGGGAACCAUGUAUCCGGCGUUUGGCCUCCUGGGCAGCGGCAAAGUGCAGCUGGAGGAGUUUGUUGCCGCCAAGAGACUGACUUUCUGAGGGGCAGCGGUGCAAUCAGACCUCAAGGAAGGAGCAAGGUUUUACUUACAGGGUGACGGCGUGCAGUUCAAACCAUGGUGAUUGAGGGUCAGAUGAGGCAGACACGAUCGGGAUCUUUUGCAAAUAAUGUGAAGCUGAGAUGUCUGUCGGAGACUGGCCCGUUUAGAGUCGGCAUGCAUAAUGUAUGAUUAAGGUCCUCAGAGGCUAGUUCAGAUAUAAAAAAAAUUCUUCUCUAAUUACCAAAGUCUCUGCAUCUGCUAAUUGUAUUCCACCUGGGUUUAACUGUCACCUGUGAGAAGCUCUUCAUGUGGGAUUGGCUGCACAUUUAUUCUGCGGUCACUUUAAAUCUUGAUUUUUAUCAAUAAACGCCUUUGAUCUCACACCGACACUUCCUCUUCUGCCGGGCUUAUAUUUAUAGACUAAUGUGUACAUAGUGAUAAUUACUGGGUGGUAUUUGUUUGCUGUUUUCUAUAAUUACUUGUCAAAAAGUAGCAGCAUAGGUGGAUAUGUAAUCUUAGUGGACCUGAGAGAGCCUUGUAGCUACUUUUGAAACUAGCGCCUUUGUGCCUUUUUUUUGUUAGAAAAUGGGUCACUUAGUUUGCUCUAACAAGCUGACAUUACUGUCAUUGCACAAGAAUUAUGGAAAUGCUUCGCAGCAAAGAUACCAUAUGUGUGUAUUUACUGUAGUAGUCUGAUCACACUGGUGUAAAAGGGUUUUGGUAUUAAUUCUUCUUUGCAUAUUUACUCUACUUUAUCCUAGAAAACACUACUUGUCAGUUAUGUUCAGCUGUUUUUUUUUCUUUUUUGCACAAUACAAUGCGUGAAUCAUCACACAGGAUGAACUUUACAAUCAUCACAUGAUCACUACCUAAGUAGCCUCUUCACUUCACUGGUUGUCAACACGCAGCCUCUUCAGUGUGUCUCUUUCACUCUCACAAGUGUCAACCUUCACUCACUGAAUCCUCGAGUAGUUACUUGGAUUCGUAAGCGUCUCGUUAUUUCCACUGACACUGAAUUCGACACGCAACUACAGCACCGCUUACUUCACCAGCUGCAGUCACCAAAGCUGCUUUUUUUUUUUUUUUUGGUUCCGGUGCUGACUUCGGUGCAACCCACAGCCUUUAACCUUUCUCACCUACAGUUGUUCAGGUUCUUACAAGAAGUGCUAUCAUGAAACAAACCGCUCGCUCCCUUCUGCUGUCACUACCGUUAUUUACUUAAUAAGCGUAGCAUGUGAACGUCUCAUUGUUCGGCUGUUAAACACGGUUCCAAAUGACUGACUGGCUUCCACUGAAUGAUUCAGUUCAGAUGUUGACUCUAAGAAAGCACACAAGACUUGUUUGUGAUCACAUUAGUUUUCUUUUCUUUUGUUUUCUGUACAGAGACAUGCUGUGUAUGUGCCUGCACAUUGAGUUUGUUUGUACGUUGAAAUAUGUUUUUGAUUUCUGGAGGUUUAGGGAAAUCUGCGUACGUGUGUUUUCUCAGGUUUCUGGCCCUGACCUGGGCCUGAUGCUACCUACUACCUCUGUUCGUCAGGCCUGGAAAACCUUAACUACUGUACCUUCCCUUACAGAAACAAGUUCGGUUUGAUUUGCAGCUUGGUUUGCGUCGGUCUCUUCCGUAUCUCCGCCUUCUCUGUCAUGUCACAUAAGCUGAUCUUUUCAAAGUGUGCGAUUUUAAAUUCCAUGUACAUAAUAAUCCAGAGUCUGUUAUUUUCGGUGAAAUAAAGUGCAUCAUAAAUGUUCUUGUGAUCAGUUGGUGUUCGUUUGUGGAUCACUUAAAGGAAAUUACUGUAAGUAGGUUCAGCUGCCUUUGUCAGGAUUUUAUUUUUUCCUCCAAAGUGAGAACCAUUUCUUCCUCUAUGUAGUAUCUGUUUAAAAUAUGGAGUAUGGGAUAUAUAUAGUUUUGUGUUGGGUCUAAAACAUUUAAUAAAUCCGUGCCGACAUUUACCUGCAUAAACGCUGGGAAUUCUCCAUGUUGAAUAUUUAUUUACUGUGCUUGUGUUUAUAUUUUGUCUCACAGGUAUUCACAAAUUUUCACUGGGUCUGAACUCUGGCUCCUGUGUGUUAAAAGAACUGAGUUCUGUAACAUCUACUUAACACAUCUAUGCAUCUAAGAAUUGGCAGGACAUGUUCAGAUUUAUAUUUUUAAUCACCGAAUGUAAUCACAAAUAACUGAAUGUCCUACUGUGAGUGUUCUCCCCUCCCCACUUGGAGUCAUGGUGCAUUUGUAUGUGCAGAAAUCCUACAGACGUCUUGCAGUUUCAAUAACAAGGCUGAUCCCGGAAUGAAAUGCAUUCUCUGGCUGGCUUUUCAGUAACGAAUUUAAAACCAAAUAUUGUGCGGGCUGGCUCUUAAUCCAAUCUCAAGCUAGCACUU